GAAUGAGGCUGACAGAAGAGGUCGUGCAGUCCUCGUUCACUUUUCCUUUUUUGAGUCCUUCGUCCCUUUGUCAUUUUUAAUCUUCUAAUAAAGCCGCUUUUCUGUAGAAAUGUACCGCUAUUUGGGAGAGCUGGUAACUCGCGGAGCCGGGAGUGCUCUUGCGACGGGCUGUGCGGAGUCGGUAAUGCCAGCUUCCUCGUCUGUAAUGCGUCUCCGGCACUACAGCGACGCCGCGGAUAAAGAAGACGACCCUAACUUCUUUAGAAUGGUGGAGGGCUUCUUCGACCGCGGAGCUGCCAUUGUAGAGAACAAAUUGGUGGAGGAUCUGAAGACCAGAGAGACGCCGGAGCAGAAGAGGAACCGAGUGCGGGGGAUCUUGAGGAUCAUCAAGCCCUGCAACCACGUCCUCAGCGUGUCUUUCCCAAUCAAGAGAGAUGAUGGAGAAUGGGAAGUUAUACAGGGCUACCGGGCACAGCACAGUCAGCAUAGAACUCCCUGCAAAGGAGGUAUUAGAUACAGCGCUGAUGUGUCUGUGGAUGAGGUGAAAGCUUUGGCAUCUUUGAUGACCUAUAAAUGUGCUGUUGUAGAUGUGCCAUUUGGAGGUGCUAAAGCUGGUGUCAAGAUCAACCCCAGGAAUUACUCUGAUAAUGAAUUGGAGAAAAUCACAAGACGAUUCACCAUCGAACUUGCCAAAAAGGGAUUCAUUGGACCUGGUAUCGAUGUGCCAGCCCCUGACAUGAGCACUGGCGAGAGGGAGAUGUCCUGGAUCGCUGAUACUUAUGCCAACACCAUUGCCCACACUGACAUCAAUGCUCAUGCCUGCGUGACGGGAAAGCCCAUCAGUCAGGGUGGUAUCCAUGGCAGAGUGUCAGCCACAGGCCGCGGAGUCUUCCAUGGAAUUGAGAACUUCAUCAACGAGGCAUCCUACAUGAGCAAGCUCGGCCUGACGCCUGGUUUCAGUGAUAAGACUUUCAUCAUCCAGGGUUUUGGUAAUGUGGGGUUGCACUCCAUGCGUUAUCUCCACCGUUACGGUGCCAAGUGUGUUGGUAUUGCUGAGAUUGAUGGAAACAUCUGGAAUCCCAAUGGCAUGGACCCCAAGGAGCUGGAGGACUAUAAACUGCAACAUGGCACCAUUGUGGGCUUCCCUAAUGCCCAGCCCUAUGAAGGUAACCUUUUGGAAGCUGACUGUGACAUCCUGAUUCCUGCUGCAGGAGAGAAGCAGCUCACCAGGAAGAACGCUCACAACAUCAAAGCCAAGAUCAUCGCUGAAGGUGCAAACGGCCCCACUACACCUGAUGCUGACAAGAUCUUCCUGGAGAGGAAUGUCAUGGUUAUCCCGGACAUGUACCUGAAUGCUGGUGGUGUGACUGUGUCUUACUUUGAGUGGCUGAAGAACCUGAACCACGUCAGCUAUGGUCGUCUGACAUUCAAGUAUGAGAGGGACUCCAACUACCACCUGCUCAUGUCUGUACAGGAGAGUCUUGAGAGGAAAUUUGGAAAGCAGGGUGGUCCCAUCCCUGUAGUGCCCACUGCUGAAUUCCAGGCUAGAGUGGCUGGUGCCUCUGAGAAGGACAUUGUGCACUCUGGUCUUGCCUACACUAUGGAGAGGUCUGCAAGGCAAAUCAUGCGUACAGCCAACAAAUACAACCUUGGCUUGGACCUUAGGACAGCAGCUUACGUCAAUGCCAUUGAGAAAGUCUUCAAGGUGUACAACGAGGCCGGCCUGACCUUCACAUAAAUGUGUCAAUCUCUGUUCCACCAUUCUCUGUCAAUCCAUUCUUUUUAUAUAAGCCUUAUACCCACCCUGUGCCCUACUAUGCAUCAGCUUUAUGACAUACAACGUUUACAUGAUAUGCUCUAGCCUACAUCAUGCCCAUGUUAUCAUCAUUGCCUCACAUUUAUAUUACAGCCAUGUGGUCAGUAUGAGAUUCUAGCGUCUGUAUUCAGUAUUCACACUCAUUCUGCACUACCUUAUGUUUUAGUGUUCUUCAGUCCCAGGCUGUUAUAUGGAUAUAUUAGAUUUUAUACUGAACCAUUGUUAAAUGAUAUAUGUGCAGUAUUGGCUCUGCUUUCUCUUACGGUUAGGCUGGAAUGGGCUUUACAGUAUUUUUCAUUCUCUAGCCCUCAGAAUAGAGUUUUCUUGGUCAAGAUCAGUGUUUGCAAAAGUAUUGAAACUGUGCACUAACUUGCCUUAGACCUUAGGGUUUAUCCUCUGAGGAAUAAUGUCUCCGUACCCAUUUAAACAUCUUAUUGAGUUCAAUCCAUCCCAUACCUUGUCUUAAAGGUAUGUUAAAUUUUUAAACAAAUCCGAAGCCACUGCAUUCAGAAAAGUAGCUCAUGGGGGAACAAAACCAUUCACAAAGCUACAUCUUCAUUUGAAAAUUUGUGUUGCCUUUUUGUUGAAAAUAAAAACAAUUAAAAGACA